GAGAUGUUUGUGANGCAUGUGAAAGUGCCAUUUGGCUGUGGGAGGUCUCAUGAUUUCCAAUGGGGACAAACCCAAUGAGUACCAAAGCAAACAAAAAAAUUUGGGCCAAUUAGAACACUUUUGGUCCCUAUAUUAGUAUAAAACUUUAAAAAAAAAUUGGGCAUUUCCAUUUUUUUUUUUGGGACUUGCUCUUUUUCUCUCUUUCCACCAAAGCUUUGUUCCUCUGCAAAUGCACACGCUCUCAAUCUCCACUCUCUCCAAAUCCAAGUAUAUGAGAAAAGAUGUUUUCGAAUCAUUUGAACUGAGGAGGGGGUGGAAUGACUGGCUGGGUCUGAGUUCAGAUUUCCGUGUUUCAGGUUCUAAUUUUUGGGGCUGACUGGUGAAGCUUUAAGUGUGCUGUAAUUGGGCUGGUUAUUAGGUGUACUUUAGGAUUGAUAUAAUUGUUGGCCAAGGAAUUUUUGUUUGGCAAUUUGGAAUAAGUGGCUUACAUAAAGGUAAUUGCAUGGGAAUUCAAACAAUGGUGUCUCAAGGUGAUAGCGGUAGUAAUGGCAAAGAGUCACAGUUUCAGCAGUUAACGCGGCAAAAUUCAAUGUAUAGUCUCACGCUGGAUGAGGUUCAAAAUCAGCUGGGUGACUUGGGCAAACCUCUAAGUAGCAUGAACCUAGAUGAGCUUCUCAAGAAUGUAUGGACAGCUGAGGCUAACCAGAAUUAUGGUAUGGAAACUGAAGGCACAGCACUGACCAAUCAAACUGCUUUGCAGCGUCAGUCGAGUUUGUCACUAACUAGUGCUUUGAGCAAGAAGACAGUUGAUGAGGUUUGGAGAGAUAUUCAACAAAGCAAAAAUGAUGGGGAAAAGAAAUAUAGAGAAAGGCAGCCUACUCUCGGAGAGAUGACAUUGGAGGAUUUCCUUGUGAAAGCAGGAGUUGUUGCUGAAGCUUCUACGGAUAAAAAAGGUGGUGGUUCUGUUGCUGGUGUUGAUCUAAGUGUUGCACCACAGUUUGCACAGCAAGGUCAGUGGAUGCAGUACCCACAACCACAAUAUCAGCACCCACAACAAAGUUUGAUGGGGGUUUAUAUGUCAGCCCAGCCUAUGCCACAGCCUUUAACCAUAGGGGCUACUGCUGUAAUGGAUGUCUCUUACCCAGAUAACCAGGUGCCAUUGCCUUCACCAUUAAUGGGAACAUUAUCAGAUACACAGGCAUCUGGAAGGAAAAGAGGUGCCCCUGAGGAUAUGAUUGAAAAAAAUGUUGACAGGAGACAGAAGAGGAUGAUAAAGAACAGGGAAUCUGCGGCACGUUCCCGAGCGAGGAAGCAGGCUUACACUAAUGAACUGGAGAACAAAGUUUCACGUCUAGAAGAGGAAAAUGCAAGGCUGAAGGACCGGAAGGAGCAAGAGAUGAAGCUGCCAUCUGCACCACCUCCCGAACCAAAAUAUCAGCUUCGUAGAACGUCAUCAGCCCCAUUCUAACAAUUGCCUGGCAUGAAAGUUUUGCAUAUACCCACAAGCGACGGGCUUCUGUUUCCUAGUUUGAACUGAGGCACAAGUGAAGAGAGCGAGCGCGACUUUCUGCAUCUUUUCCAGAGGCAGCUGUUGUUUCAUAUGCUGGUGGUGAUGGUUGCUUCUUCUCCCUACUGAGAGGUUUUGCAUGUAUCUACUUUUGACUGUGAAAUUAAUUUUAACUAGAAAAUUUUCAUGUUCCCUUUGUACUGUCUAACCAUUGAGUGUUAAGAAAGUAUAAGAUUUGUCCCUAAAUGUGUAGUUUUGAGCUUUUCUUUUACCUCCUGAUAUGACCAUUUCUCUAUAAGUUUAUUCCAGACAGGCAUUUUAUUCAA